AGAAGCCUGACAUGCGAUCGGGACAGAGGGGAGGAGAGAGAGGGGAGGGAGAGGGGGAGGGAGAGGGGGAGGGAGAGGGGGGGAGGGAGAGGGGGAGGGAGAGGGGGAGGGAGGGGGGGGGGAAAAGGGGGAGGGAAGGGGGAGGGAUAGGGGGAGGGAGAGGGGGAGGGAGAGGGGGAGGGAGAGGGAGUGGGAGAGGGGGAGGAAGAGAGGGAGGGAGAGAGGGAGGGAGAGGGGGAGGGAGAGGGGGAGGGAAGGGGGGGGAGGGGGAGGGAGAGUGGAGGGAAAGGGGGAGGGAGAGGGGGAGGGAGAGGGGGAGGGAGAGGGGGAGGGAGAGGGGGAGGGGGAGGGAGAGGGGGGGAGGGAGAGGGGAGAGGGAGAGGGGGAGGGAAAGGGAGAGGGGGGGAGGGAGAGGGGGGGGGAGAGGGGGGAUAGGGGGAGGGAGAGGGGGAGGGAGAGGGGGGGGAGAGGGGGAGGGAGAGGGGAGGGAGAGUGGGAGGGAGAGGGGGAGGGAGAGGGAGAGGGGGAGGGAGAGGGGGAGGGAGAGGGGGAGGGAGAGGGGGAGGGACAGAGAGGUGAGGAGGAAGAAGGGGGGAGGGAGAGGGGGAGGGAGGAGAGGGGGGGCUGCAUUGUUGCAUUGAAUUCAAUGUGGGGUGUGUGUGUG